AUGGACACAGUCAUUGGUUCUCUAGACUCAUGCAAACCCUCAAACAACAACACGGGCAACCCACCCCAAAACGGCACAUCGUCUAUCCAAGACACACACUGUCCUUCUCAUGCUAUUGGCCUUCCUGAAGCUACCCUUGGGCUCAACAACAUUGGUUGUUGCGAUGAGCUCAAUGCAGGCUAUGUGGCUGAUGGAUAUGCAAGAUCCCGUGGUGUUGGUGCUUGUGUUGUUACCUUCACUGUGGGUGGGCUGAGUAUUAUCAAUGCCACUGCUGAGGCUUACAGUGAGAAUCUUCUUGUCAUUUGCAUAGUUGGAGGACCAAAUACUAAUGAUUAUGGGACUAAUAGGAUUCUGCAUCAUACCAUUGGAUUGCCUGAUUUUAGCCAAGAACUUCGGCUGAGUAACAAGAUGGGACUUGAAGCAGCUGUAGAGGCCACAGCAGCCUUUUUGAACAAGGCAGUGAAGCCAGUCAUUGUAGGAGGGUCAAAACUGCGAGUUGCGAAGGCCUGUGAUGCCUUAGUUGAAUUCGCAGAUGCUUAUGGCUAUCCCCUUGCAGUGAUGCCAUCAGCUAAAGAACUGGUGCCUGAACACCACCCUCACUUUAUUGGUACUUACUGGGGAGCUGUGAGCACUCCCUUCUGUUCUGAGAUUGUCGAAUCUGCCGAUGCCUACAUAUUUGUAGGCCCAAUAUUUAAUGAUUAUAGCUCCGUCGGAUACUCUCUCCUCCUCGAAAAGGAGAAGGCAAUCAUUGUGCAACCUCAUCGCGUUGUAGUUGCUAGUGGACCUGCUUUUGGGUGCGUACUAAUGAAGGACUUUCUUCCAGCACUUGCCAAAAGGCUUCACAGGAACACAACUGCCUCUGAAAACUACAGCAGGAUCUAUAGUUCAGAGGGGCUUCAUAAUGACAAGGACACAGCUGUGAUUGCUGAGACUGGAGACUCCUGGUUUAACUGCCAGAAACGCAAGUUACCACAAGGAUGCGGGUAUGAAUUUCAGAUGCAAUAUGGUUCAAUUGGGUGGUCUGUUGGUGCAACACUUAGUUAUGCGCAGUCUGUGCCAGAUAAGCCUGUGAUUGCUUGCAUUGGGGAUGGGAGCUUUCAGAGGUCUUAUUAUGUACAUGUGGAAACUGUGUUGGGUAAUAUUAGAUGCAUAAAGCUGAUAGAAUUCCGCGAAGAGCUGCUUGAAUGGGGUUCACGGAUCUCAGCAGCCAAUGCCCGCCCACCAAAUCCUCAGUAG